CCCAUGUAGUAGUAACAAAUAAAAAAAGUUAAUAAAAAAGUUUGCUCUCCCCUAAAACCAAAAUCCCUAAAACCCAAUUACCCACCCCACUCACGACCGGCAUCUCCCCUCUUCGCCGGCAUCUCUUGCCAGUCGCCACCUCACUCCUCACCUGGAUGUUGGAGUUCGCUGUGAGCAUGUGACGCUGUUCGUAAAUCUCAAGGCCACCACUGCUGGUCUGCUGCUGCUGCCCGCACUUGCUUCCGCAUGCCGUGAAGUCAAGGCCACCAGGUCCACUGACGACCACCUUGAACUGUUAACACCACCAGACCGACCCACUUUCAAUUCAGGCAGUAUUCAGAAGAACAAAGCGCAUUGUCUCUCAAUCAUCCUUUUACCAAUCAGUUUUUAGGUUCUUCUGAUUUGUCUCUCACUUUAUUUUUUUCUUGUUUUUGUGAAUUCUUCAGAAAACUGAAUGUAUACAAUCUUUUUACAAUCAGGGAUUCGAAUCAUUUGUCUCAGUAUUCAUCAAAUAUUUAUACUCCUUUGCAACACUCAUCAAACAGCAUAUGUAAUCGAUGGGUGUCUAAUAUGUUCCGUAUUUCUGAGGGAGCUGUCAGAUUGUUGAGUUUCAGGCAAUUGAGCUCUGUAUCUGUAGGACUAAAUGCUGAAAAUGGUGUUGUUAAGUUUUCUUUUGGCGAUUCUCCGGGAGACAAUGGUGCUCACACAGGUCUUUUUUAUGGAGAUCGAAAUUGUAGGAUGCUGAAAAAGAAGAAAUCAAGGAAGGCAAUGUUGAAUGAACUGAGAUUUUACCGUCUUAAAGCAAGGAAGAAGAUGAAAUCAUCUAAUCCUGAAGUUAGGAUUAGGUAUAAACUGGAAAAGGCUAAACGAAAAGAAACUUGGCUGAUUGAAAAAUUGAGGAAUUACGAGUUACCUAAGGCCCCAGCUGAAACUUAUGAUCCUGAAAUUUUAACCGAGGAAGAGAGGUUCUAUUUGAAACGUACCGGUGAGAAAAAGAAAAAUUAUGUUCCAGUUGGGAGAAGAGGAGUCUUUGGAGGAGUUGUGCUGAAUAUGCAUCUGCAUUGGAAAAAUCAUGAAACAGUUAAGGUUGUUUGCAAACCUUGUAAGCCUGGGCAGGUUCAUGAAAUUGCUGAAGAGCUUACCCGGCUGAGUAAAGGUAUUGUUAUUGAUAUUAAACCUGACAAUACUGUGAUAUUUUACCGUGGUAAGAAUUAUGUGCGGCCAAAAAUCAUGUCUCCUUCUGAUACACUGUCAAAGGCAAAGGCCUUAGAGAAAUACAAGUAUGAACAGUCUCUUGAGCAUACAAGUCAGUUCAUCGAGAAAUUGGAGCAAGAGCUGGAAGAGUAUCAUGAACACCUUGCUCGGUACAGAAGAGGAAAAAAUAAUGCAUCAAAAGAUUCAAGUGCUCUUGAUUGAUGGUAGGUUUUACAAUAUAUUUGAUGAUAAUAUUGAAGGUUUACCAACUUUGUUAUUGAUCUGUUUGUCCUCUGUAUGUACUUAACUGUUACGGUGUGUUUGGAUGGAAGGAAAUGGAGGGAAAAGAAGGAGAGGGAUUUGAAGGGAUGAGAGAUUUCUUAUUUGGAUAAACAAAAUAGGAGCGAAGGGAUUUGGAGGGAUUGGAUGAAUGAUAUUUGUUGAGUUAUCAAUCUUUUCAAUGUUGGAAAGAUUUGAAGGGAAAAUACUUUUCUCCCUUCCUUUCCCUUCCCUUCCCCCCUAAACAAACAAGAGUUACAUUUCUUUUAUAUCUCUUCCCUUUCUUUCCCUUCCCUCCAUUCCCCUUCCUUUCUCUUCUCUUUAAAUCCAAACAUAGUGUUAAGUACUUCUCAUCCAUCUGAGGAUACUCUAUCUCUUUAUCCGAUCGUCCUUUUUAUGUGUGAAUUCAGAAACUUUUCAAAUCGUGCGUUCACAAGAUGAAACCGCUUGAUUGAAUUUUUUGUGUCAACAAAUCUUGUGCAUGAUUUAUGGAAGCUAUGUGAGAUAGACAUGAAAGCUGUUUAGUAACGAAGAAGUUCUCAACAACGUAUUCCUCGAUAUCAUUCCCAGUGCCAAGUGUUGCUUAUCUCUUUAGUCCUAAGUUUAUAUGCAAGCGAAUUCACUCCUCUUGUUCCCUGAAAUCGCAGGAAAGAAACAAGAGCAGUAGCCUUUAACUAAGAAAGGAAGCUAGAAGAAGAAAAGACAGGAAGCAAGUUGCCAAUGUUUAUUUCUCCAAUACAUUUCAUAAAAUGUUUUCUUUACAAUAACUCAACUAUUUAUACUAUUGCUCUAACAAGCUUCCAUAAACAUCGCGUUAUUUUCAUAAUGCCUACUAACGAACAGACCCUGCUAACUCAUUCUCUUUAUUCCCCUUCCUACGUUUGUUAUAAGUAAUUAAAGUGUUCUCAAGUGCUGUAGGCAUGACAGUACCCCGGGCUAACAGAUUCACCUUGCAAGGUCGAAAUCAUUAAAGGCAGCGAACAUCUGAUCAAAGGAUCCCCAAGGGGCCUCCGAAGGACAGUUCUGUCACCGCAUGAGCAUAUUCACAUUAGCCCCAAUUUGUCGAACAUCCAGAAUCUUCAGGGGAUAAGUGGCACGCUCCAAAUCAGUAUAACUGGUGGGAGAACACCUGAAGCACCAUCUCAUUUCACGACAUGGAAGACUAGAUGGAUCAAGCUGGACGACGGCAGCUUGAGCUUCUAGGCCACAUAUCUUACUCUCUGUAUAAUUUUGUAAGGGCCAUAAUAUCUAGGAGAUAACUUUUCAUUCGAGCGUUUGGCCAAAGAUUUCUGACGAUAAGCUUGUAAUUUGAGAAAUACAAACUCUCCUUCAUAUGUUACCCUCCCUCUUUUUUUAGCAGAAUAAUGUUUCAUGAAUUGUUGAGCUCGAGAAAUGUUGUAAUGUAAUUUAUUUAUUCAAAACAAUGUCACGCACCUGUAAGCUGUAAUAGUUGCUCUAAGCUAUCUACAGCAGUUGUAUUAAGCUAUCUAAAGCGAUAUAAAAAUAUUAUAAGAAAA